AUGGCCGACACAAGCAAACGGUGCAGCGUGGCUGACGGUUAUAGUGUGGCAGGUGUCUUCAAGAACACUGCGGGGAUAUGGCCGUAUACCAAACCUACCACCAAUGGGAGAAUGGUUGAAGAGGUGCAGUUGGCUGAAAAGAAGCCAGCUACGUGGCCCCAGCUACUUGCUGCUGUUGUCGUGAACCUGAACACGUUCGCCACGGGCUCAUCCAUGGUGUGGCCGGCGAUGGCGCUGCCGCAGCUGGUGUCUGCAGAGAGCGGCCUCAGAGACCGGCCUUUGACGGCGGACGAGGCAUCCUGGGUGGCGUCUCUACUGUUACUCAGCUCGCUCGUCGUCAUUCCCCUGUUUGCGGUUGCCAGCGCACAUAUGGGUCGUAAAACGCUCGGAUACGUCAUAAUAACUCCGCUGCUGGCUAGCCUGAUCAUCCAGAUGUUCUCGGUUUCGAUCGAAGCUCUCUACAUUGCAAGGGUGCUGGCAGGUGUGCAGUGUAUUGGCACUCUGAUGCUGACGACGCUGUACGUCAGCGAGACGGCCAGCGACGAGGUGCGGGGCAGCCUGGGCUGCAUGCUGCCCCUGCUGUGCAACAGCGGCAUCCUGUUCGCGUACGUGAUCGGCGCCUUCCUGCCUUACUACGUCGUCCUGUACGUGAACGUCGUUCCUGCAGUCAUCUUCAUCAUCAGUUUCGCCUUCAUGCCUGAGACGCCAUACAGGCUGGCAACUGUUCAUCGGUAUGAGCAGGCAAGAAAGGCACUGAGGUGGCUGCGCCGUGGGAUCUCAGACGAGCAGCUGGAGCGCGAGAUGGAGCGCAUACGGUCAUCUCUGGCUGCAGACGGCACGAAGGAGGGCAUCGCUGGACGCGUCUCACUCAGGGAGAUCUGCUCCAGGGCCUCCCUAAAGGGCUUCGCUAACGUCAUCGUCCUUGCAGCCAACUUGCAGUUCUGCGGCUCCUAUGCUGUACUCAACUACGCCGUCAUGAUGUUCGACGAGGCUGGAGGAUCAGUACCUUCCGAGGUGGCAACAAUCGUUCUAGGCGCUCUGCAGGUAGUUGGCACUGCAGCUUCCGUGGUGGCGAUGGACCGCCUAGGUCGACGACCCCUCCUGUUCCUCUCUAAUGGGGUUGUCGGGACUUCCGUCACAGUCAUGGGUGUCUACAUGUACCUCAAGCAAGAGACGCAGACGGACCUUUCUUCCGUCAGCUGGCUGCCCGCCACAUGUCUCUCGGUAUACGUGCUGAUGCUGGCGUUUGGGCUGAACUCACUGCCAUAUGUGGUGCUCUCGGAGAUUGUGGCUCCGAGGAUCAGAGGUCUAGCUGCCAUAGCUACAUACACAGUGAUCAUUGGCGCUGCGGCCAUCAUGACCAAACUUUAUCCAGCCAUGUCAGAGGCAAUGGGAACUUAUGGGAGCUUCUGGUUCUUCGCAGCUGUCUGUCUGACCUGCGCUGUCAUUGGAUGGUGGUUGCUGCCAGAAACCAAGGGACGACCUCUAGAGGACAUCUUAAAGGAACUCAACGGUUCAAAGGACGUCAUUGUUAGCAGCUCCCAAUGA